AUGAUUAGAGAAAGUGACACUUUGUGUAGGAACUAUCUUCGUAUAAAUCGAUACACAUUCGGUGUACUUUUAGAGAUGGUUAGAAAUAUUGGUGGAUUAUAUGAAACAAGAAACACAUGUUUGGAAGAGAUUGUUGCGGGAUUCUUAUACACAUUAGCUCACCAUAAGAAAAAUAGAAUGAUGGGUGCACAUUUUUAUAGAAGUGGUGAAACUAUUAGUAGGCAAUUUUAUGCUUGUUUGUUAGAAAUCUUAAAGUUACAUGUUUUUCUUCUUAAGAAACCAACUCCAAUACAAGAGGAUUGCGACGAUGAAAGGUGGAAACAUUUCAAGAAUCACUUAGGUUCUCUUGAUGGUACAAUGAUUCUAGUUAAUGUUCCUUGUGAAGAUCGACCCAAAUAUCGUACUAGAAAAGGAACCCUUGCUAUGAAUGUGUUAGGAGUAUGCUCACCUGAAAUGAAAUUUACAUAUGUCUUACCUGGUUGGGAGGGAUCGGCACAUGAUGGUCGUAUUCUUCGAGAUGCUAUUUCUAGGCCUAAUGGUUUGAAAGUUCCAAAAGGUUGUUAUUAUUUAUGUGAUGGGGGAUAUACUAAUGGAGAGGGAUUUCUUGCAUCAUAUAGAGGUCACCUUUAUCAUCUUAAAGAGUGGAAUAGGGGGGCCAGACAACCAUUAACCGCCGAAGAAUAUUUCAACUUAAGGCAUGCAAAAACUAGAAAUGUGAUUGAGAGAUGUUUUGGGUUACUCAAGGGAAGAUGGGGAAUUCUUAGAAUUCCUUCUUGGUUUAGUUUACAAACACAUGGUCGCAUUGUGCUUGCAUGUGCCUUAUUACAUAACUUGGUAAAAAGAUACAUGCUUUCAGAGUUUGAUGAUGAUGACUUGUAUGAGGAAAGUAGUGACAGUGAUGGUGAUGACAGUGAUGAUGAUGAUGAUAUUGAAAGGAUGGAUGAAAGUAGUGCUAGUGGAGGUGGAAGGGGGAGAAACAAGUGGUUUUGGAAUGCUGAAGAAGAUAGGGUUCUUGUAUCAGCAUUAUCAGACUUAGCUGUUGACCCUCACUAG